UGCCUCUCUACCCCAAAGGUUUCGCACCCCAGCUCGCAUCUAUACUAUUUUCAUCCUGCACUAAGAAACGAGCAGCAUGCUGUCAUGCCAAGAUCUGAGCUUUGCAGGAGGGCAGCGCUACGACUGCCCGUACUCCGCCUCGACGUCAGUUGACGGCAGUGUUGACGUUUCCACGGCAACGCUCGUCUCCCUCUGGGACACCGGUCCCCUGGACAACGCUACCCGCCAGCACGAGCCACCGCGGCGGGAUUCAAUGCCUGUGUCUGAGCAUAGACUGGGACAUCACACCUGGCCAGACCAACUGUCACCUCAGCUUCAACGAAACAAACAGCUUCAAGACACCCUAAUUCAAAGAGAGGAGGAGCUGGCCAGACUUCAAGAAGAGAAUAACAAACUCAAAGAGUUUUUGAACUCAUCGUAUGUGAAGUCUUUAGAGGAAAAAAGUAAGAAGCUUCUUUCAAACUGCAAGGAUCACGAUGGGUUGAGCCACCGAAAGAGAGCGCACAGUGAUUUCCAGAACCUGAGCCAGUUGCUUCACGGUGCAGAGGGGAAGCGGACCUGUCGCAAUCUUUCUUUAGAGUUCUGCUCUGCAGAGGAGCUGGCGGACACCCCACCUUUGGACUCGUGGAUACUGGAGACACUAGGCCUGCAAGAUGAAAACACAGUUGACCCACAGCAGAGUUUCAACAGCUCUAUGAAUGACCACAAUGGCUCUCUCAUCUGUGCGCCGCCUAAAGAGGACCAUUACAGUACGGCAUCUAUAGGCAAUGCAGUCAGCCCUAAUGCUGAUGCACGUUGUGAUUACAAUAGCAUCAUAGACUCACCCUGCAGUCUGGACACCUCUAGUGGCUACAGCACUUCCCAAAACCUAGCUUCAGAGUAUACGACCCUUGACCCCUCAGCUCUGUACACUGUCACACCCACAGGGUCACUGGUCAGCUCUUCACCGGUGAUGACACCUGCUCAACACUUCACCCCACCACGGGCAGCCUCAACUCCAUAUCGGCCCCACGACGUGAGCCCAUAUUACCGCACACCGGGCUGUGAGUCCUCCAGUCCACCAGGGGGUGACAGUCAGAUUUUCUCCACACCUCGUAUGUCCCGUAGCAGGACAGACUUAGCGUUUAGCAUGUCGUUAAGUCCACAAAACAGCGUCAAGACGCACAGUUUUCCUCAAGGACAAGCUUUUACACGCAGAGAUGCACAAGGAGGGUGGAAGUUCACCUGGGUGCCUAAACAAUGUUCAUAGAGAAUUAUAACUAUUUAUGUUUUGCGACGAAAUGCAUCUUUAUUUGAGUUUGUGACUCAUAAUUGCAAAACGCACAACUGUCCAGGUUAAUGAAGCAUAAUUCAAUAGCUUUGUGAUACAUUUUUUGAAACUUGUACAUAGUGUUGCGUCAUGAUUUGUCAUUGAUG